GCGUUUACAAACGUAGAAUAGUGUCGGUGUCAGAACAAGUCGACACGCCGUAGUGAACUUCUCGCUUCACAUUGUUGCAUUCAACGUCUCUGAAUUUGCCGUCAUCGUUAGAGAUCACUUGACAAGCAUGGUGUCCGUUAAGUUCCUAUUGGGUGCAGCUGCUUGCUUCGUUCUCAACGGAGGAGCCCUUGGGCAAAAGAUGAUCCUCAUGGAGAAUUUCGAUCCCGCCCAAGUGGAGGGCAUUUGGUACACUGUCGAGAGGACCGGCGCUCUCUACAACGACUCAGCGACCUGCACCAAGUACGAAGUAAAACACGAGAACGGCAGGAUCUAUGAGGUGGUACUCAACUACAAGGACAAGUCGAAUGCGAUAGUAAAGAAUACCUUUCGCGUGGUGGAAGAUUCCGACCACCCGGCCCAGUUCUUUUUCGCGGAUAAAGACGACCAGAAAGUUGCAGUGCGGUUUUUGGGGUCCGACUACAAGAACUGGAAUGUCUGCUUCGGCUACGUCUACGGAAACAUACCAGUGUACGGCAUCGGCUCUAGAACACCUGUGCUGGAUCCCAAGUACAUGGAGGAGGCCAAGGCCGUACUGAAGAAAAACGACAUCACAACUACCGAAAAAUGCACACCGUUGUAGAAUACGCAAGCGAACGAAAGCAUUAAAAGUGUUAUGUACUAAGCACUCCGAGGUAAUAAAUGCUGGUAACAUAGCAACUA